AUGCCUCUAGCAAACAACAACCCUAACCCAAACCCUGAGCCAUUUGAGAGGUUCUUUCGAGGAUGGCUGGUCAGGCAAGAGGAAGUCCGCCGGCUACUCCACCAAGCAAAUGAGUUCCACUGCAACCAGGCAAGAGAAGGCGAUGAAGCGAGGCUGCAAGAGCUGAUAGGGAGAGUGCUGGCGCACUACGCGGAGUACUACGAAGCCAAGCAGAGAGUGAUGCGAGAGGACGUGCUGAUCUUGUUCGGACCACCAUGGCUCACUCCCUUCGAGCGAAGCCUCCUCUGGAUUGGUGGGUUCAAGCCAGGGCUUGCGUUUCGGCUGGUGACAAACUAUAUCACGAACCUGACGGAGCAGCAGAAGCAAAGGAUGGAGCAUCUGAGGGCGGAGACAGCGGAGGAGGAGAGGGAGCUGACGGCGGAGCUGACGGCGGAGCUGGCGAGGAUACAGACGAGGCCGACAGUGAUAUCGCUGGUAGGGAUAGCAGCAAGGGGGAGAGAGCGGGUGAAUGGAGAAAGAAAUAUGGUGAAUGAGCGAAUUGAGAUGGUGAAGUUAGCAGUGGAGAUGCUGGUGGAGUGUGCUGAUUAUCUGAGAUGCAAAACUGUUCUUAAGAUCAUAGACAUUAGUUCUUUGGUGACCAUUGAUCGAUCCUUUUGA